CCUGCAUUCUCUGCCGCGGGGUUGGAAGUGAGGCCGCCCUUAGCAAAGAUGGCUGCUGUUCCCACGUUGCUUCCAAUCGGUGUGACGGUAGUGUGCCCUUAGACAAAAUGGCCGCGCUCUGUUCUUCACCAGGGGCUGCGAGCAAGGCGGGCUGCUAACCCUGGCAGAAGAGUCCGUCCUCCUGGUGUACUGUGACAGUAAAAAGCAACAGAGGGUCCUGUGGCACCUUUGAGACUAACAGAAGUACUGGGAGCAUAAGCUUUCGUGGGUAAGAACCUCACUUCUUCAGAUGCAAGUCUCUGAUACUGUGACAGUAAAGUGCAUCCAUCUAGGAUCUCUGGUUCUUGUACACGCUGCCUGUGGUUUUAACUUGAUUCCCAGGAGGAAGAACUGCUCAGAUUCUCACACUUUUACCACAUGUACUGGAAUCCUGGUUGUUACUACUACAAUGUCGUGGGUGCAAACUGCAGUCAGCCGGCCCAGUGAGGAUGUGUUUGAUGAAGAUUCUGAUGAACUGCAUGUAGUGCAGAAAGAAUGGAAGAGCACCAUGGAGAAAAGAGUCAAAGAAGGCUAUAGAGAUGGUGUUGAGGCUGGGAAAGAGCUUUCACUUCAGCAGGGUUUCAAUCGGGGUUACAAACAGGGUGCUGAGAUGAUGAUGACCUGUGGCCAACUCAGAGGGACCCUUAGUGCACUCUUGUCUUGGUGUCACCUUAAUGGACAAAUUUCUGCUUUGCUGAGUAAGAUAAGUAACCUCCUGGCUGAAGUUGGCAAGUAUGAAGAAUAUGUGCUUAAGUAUAUGAAUUCUAUCAGUCCACAGCCCCACCUUGGAGAAUUACUGGAUUCUGUUCAGGACAUGGACCUUAGUCAUACAAUUCCAGUGGAGAAUGAAUUUGAUGAAACUGAAGCUGGAAGACACUGUGAAAAUGAGUCCGAGUUGAGUGAAAACUCUUGCAGGAGUAACAGUGGGGCUGAUUCCUUGUAUUCUGACAGUUGUAGGAGAACAAAAGAACACACACAUUCUGAAAGGCCAACCCUUGCUUGGCUUAAAGAAGAGACCGUCUGUUUAGGAGAGCAGCUAGGCUUGUCACUGGACAUAUUACAGCAUGUCCAACAACUGGAAAGUUAACUUUUCUCUUGUGCCAAAUGGAAUCCAAUUCUAAGAACAAACUUGACAGGCUUGUAUUUUAUGUGUGGCUCAAAGGUUGGUUGUCAUACUAGUCACUUAAUUUCAUGGGAAUGUAGUGAUCUGAUUCUAAUGUUUCCCUUUAAAAUCUAAUAAAACAACCCUUGCUCUCAUCA